AGCAUACGCUGCUGACGCCAAAGUCUGCGGGAACAAACAAAGAGCCAGGCGUAUAGAAAUGUAACAUCGAGUCAGCGUUUCCAUUAAAAAGCAACAAACGUUUGUAACCAAUCUUUUUUUUUUUAAAAAAAAGGAUAGAUUCGUUCUCAGUUAAAUAGGCGUUUCUAAAGACUGAGAUUCUGAACUCGUUAUUUUCGGGCAUCAGCUUUUAUUUUGAAAUCGGGUUAUUUCUGUUAGUUCUUUGAGGGUUUUCUUCUGAAUCUGUGUAAGGUACACAGGGGUACCGCUCAGCAGCGGUGCUGUUAUUUAAGCCAGUUUUAAGUUUCUCUAUCGAUGGAGGCUCAGGAUUCCUGAGGGGGGAUUUUCAGAGUGAACUACCCCAGCAUGUCGGCCGAGGAGGAGGAGAGGGGGGUAGUUCGAGUCAAAGUCAAGAAGUGUGAGGGAGUGGAGCCAGUGGAAUUCCGCUCUUUUGCAGUGGAUCCACAGAUCACAUCACUGGAGGUGUUGCAGCACAUCCUGAUACGAGCCUUUGAGCUCAACGGAAGGCGCAAUUUUGGAAUUAGUUACCUGUCCCGUGAUCGCUUGGGUGCAGAGGUCUACCUCUCCCUCAUGUCUGACUGGGAUUUAGACGCAGCAUUUGUCAGUGCAGCUAAGCCUUACCUCCAGCUUAAGAUGGACAUUAAACCUUCAGAAGACAGUCCAGUGCUUGAGGACUGGGACAUCAUAAGCCCGAAGGAUGUGAUUGGUUCAGAUCAGCUACAGGGGGAGAAGAGGUCACUGACGUCCACGGCUCUCCCCUUCACCCAGUCUCUGCUGUCCCAGGUUACUGAUGAUGUUCUUCACCCAGUCAGCCAGCUGUUUUACCAACCAGUGUCUGCUGCGUUCAGUCAGAUGGGUCGGACAUUGUCUAGGGUGCAGCAGGCAUUAAGCUGGUCAUAUGGAGAGGAGGUUAAACCAUUCAAGCCUCCAUUGAGUGAUGCAGAAUUUCAUAGUUACUUGAACAGCCAGGGCCAGCUGACACGGCCAGAGGAGCUGCGGCUUCGCAUUUAUCAUGGUGGGGUUGAGCCAUCCCUGCGCAAGGUAGUGUGGCGUUACCUUUUAAAUGUGUACCCAGAUGGCCUGACAGGGCAGGAAAGGAUGGACUACAUGAAGAGAAAAACUAGAGAAUACGACCAGCUGAAAAGCGAGUGGGCAUCCAGGGUGAGCCCAGAGGAUCUGGAGUUCAUUAGAGGAAAUGUUUUAAAGGAUGUGCUUCGAACAGACCGAGCCCAUCCAUACUAUGCCGGUUCAGAGGACAGUCCCCACUUAACUGCACUGACUGACCUCCUCACCACAUUCGCUAUCACACACCCGCAGGUGUCUUAUUGUCAAGGUAUGAGCGAUAUUGCUUCUCCGAUCCUUGCCGUCAUGGACAAUGAAGCACAUGCCUUUAUUUGCUUCUGUGGUAUCAUGAAGCGUUUAGAAGGCAACUUUCAUCCUGAUGGCCAACUAAUGUCUAUUAAGUUCCAGCACCUUAAGUUGCUCUUGCAAUACUCAGAUCCUGAAUUUUACACCUACCUGGUCUCCAAAGGUGCUGACGACCUCUUUUUUUGUUACCGCUGGCUGCUUCUCGAACUAAAGCGGGAGUUUGCUUUUGAUGAUGCACUGAGGAUGUUGGAGGUGACCUGGAGCUCUCUGCCUCCAGACCCACCUGAGACUGAGGUUGAGCUUAUUGGGCUACCACUUGAAGCAGACGAGUCCCCGACUCAUGACAGCAGCUGCCCAAAUUCAGAGAAUGAAAAACUGGAAAGAGAACAGACAGAACAGCGGCGGCGACAUAUGUUGAGGCCAUCCCGGGAAGAGGCAGAUGGGGCACACAGUCUCAGUAUAGAGUCAGACAGAAAGGAAGAGAAACCAUCUGGUGGAGAGGAGAAAGAAGUUUAUGUUCAGGAUUGUGCAGUGGAAACUGAAGGCCCUGCACCAGCGCCUCCUUUUGAGAAGCAGUCCAGUUUUGGAGAAUUUAAGUACUACAGUGCACGAAAUGAGGACAGUUUCGAAGCUAACGAAACCGAAUCAUCAGAUCCCACACUAUCUUCAAUGAAGUUUCAGUCCAAACCUUCAUUACCUCUCACAGUCCGUCAGUCAACAGAGGACAGUGAGGAUGACCCUGGCGAGAGGCAGCCUUUGAUAAGCGGGAAUCAAAUUGAGGAGAAAACAGUUUCUCCCCUUCCUCCAAGUUUACUGAACUGGAAAAAUGGCUCUCAGUUUUCUGCAACAUCUCCUUCAAUGUCCAGCUGGAGAGCAGUAUGUCCUGACGUCCAAGGAUCCAAGUCAGUCUCCUCUACACUUACCGUGGGUAGUGCUGUAUCUCCUGAUAAGGCUUUGGGGAGAUUUGUGUCUUCAGCUGCUGUUUCUAAUGGACCUGUUGUGCACUCACCCUCCACCCCCACAGGGAAGUCUGCACUUUCGUCUCCAUCCCUGGGCAACAAUCGCUCACUGUUGUCUUCCCCUGUUUUGUCCUUUGCUAAAUCUCCCUCGCUACCCAAACCAUUCUCCAGCAACCUUUCAUCCCCAUGCAAACUUUCAGGAACUGGUGCAAACACUCCAACUACAGGCAAACCUGAUGCUAGUGGAAUUAAACCCUGUUCCCUUCCACCCCCUCAAGAGUUUGGGAAGGGCAAUCCUUUCAUGUUGUUCUUGUGCCUCUCCAUCCUGUUGGAGCAUCGCGACCAUAUCAUUAAAAAUAGUCUGGAUUAUAAUGAGCUAGCCAUGCAUUUUGAUCGCUUGGUCCGUAAGCACAACCUUGGUCGUAUUCUUCAGCGUGCCAAGGCCUUGUUUGCUGAUUACCUGCAGAGUGAGGUGUGGGACUCGGAGGAAGGUGAUGAGGUCAGCUUGGACUCGCCAACCACAGCUGCGUCCUCACCACAAACACUCCCCAAAACCAGUUUUUCUAACCUGCAGUCCACAAUGGCCUCCCCCCCAAACUCUACUUAUAAUCUGGCCACCACAAUCCCUUCCCCUUCAACCCCCAAUGAUCUCUCUCCCUCAUCCUCCUGAUGAAUUUUAUCUAAACAUGUUUCAUCUCUAAGAAAAGGCAAGUCAUAAUGUAUUUUAGUGUUCAUGAUAAGCUUUACUGGUUUUGUUUACGUGGCAAACCAAAGCUGAACAAAAACUUCUUCUCUUAAUCAUUUUGCUGGUAUUACUUUUUUUUUUUGCACAUUAUGCUUAUUAUUCCAUUGUGGCAAUUAUUGUUCUUUUUUUUUUUCUUUUUCUUUUUCUUUUUUUUUUGUCCCCAAAAUUUUGCAUGCCACCUAUUGUACUGUAUGUUACUAUUUGCACUUUAUUUUUUGAUUCAUUUGUGCUUCAACUAUGUAAAUAAAAUCCCAAAAAAGAACAGCAUGAACAAUUGACAACAAUGCUGGAUUGCCAUUUAGAUACCUAUAGACCUGUUGCCCUUGGUCCAAUUAAUCUUCACUAUUGCAUCCACUGGUGUUUAUUCAAGACUCCAUUGAGUGUUUUUUUUUAAAUGUACAGGUAAAUAAUCCUCUUCUUCAGGCCUAGAUUUAAUAUAUUCAGAUUGAUUAGAUUGCAUUUCCUGUUUCAAACAAGCCAAAUGUCUCAUUUGACAUUGCCUGGCACACUCUAGUUUUGGUUAACUGAAAAUGAAUAUGUCUAGUUUGAAUAAAUGACCACACUUGCUCUGAGAGGCCAAAAUCAUUUAAUGGAUCUGAAUCAUUAAAAAUAUUUUUACAUGUGCUGUAUUUGCCUAAGGUUGUUCCACUCAGCAAGACCACUGGCAAGUGUUUCAACAACUGUAUCAUUAAUUAUUCAACACCACUGUUCUGAAGGUACAGCUCAAAUAGUAUUAUUAUCCGAAAAUAUCCCACUUUUACCCACUCUUGUUUAAAAGUGCCUCAUUUCCUUAAACUUUUUUGGUUUUGUUUUUUUUUACUAAUCUCACAUGAAUACAGUGAUAGUAAAUGUCUACACACCCCUGUUAAAAUAGCAGGAUUUUGUGAUGUAAAAAAAAAAAAUGAAACCAAGAUAAAUAAUCUCAGAUCUUUUUCCCACCUCUAACGUGAUUUAACAGCCAACAAUUUCAAUUGAAAAACAAAUAGAAAUGUUUUUUUUUUUUUUUUUUUACUUGUAAAAGUUUUUUUUUACUU